AUGAGCGUUCCAGCGCCAGAAAAUCCCGCCACAACCUGGCCGCCACUACUCACCGUCACCUUCGUGGUUGACGCCAUGCCCAGCCCAGCCGAUCGAACACUUCAACUUCCGUUCCCCCCGCGAACGGGCCGGCUCCUGGUCCGCCAUGUUACGGCGGCGCUCCCAGCCAGCAUCCCGCGCGAACUCUUGACCUCGUCCGCAACCCCCAUCGUCCAGCUGGUCACGUUCGACGAAGAUAACGUCAUGCGAGUGCAACAUGACAACACAGCCGUUCAGACGUCGGAGCUCAUGGCGAUUGUUUCCUUCAGGUGUAACAAGCGCGAGCAUGCCUGCCGUUCAUACCAGUUCUUUGAGGGACGAAAGACAUGCAAGUCGUGCACUGAUCGCAACGCCAGAUAUCGUAAAAAAGCUACUGCCAAGAAGAUUGCGUUGAAAGAUCAGCAAGCGAGCGAGCCAGCCGAGGAGGCAGCCGAGGAGCCAGCCGAGGAGCCAGCCAGAAACGCUCCGACAACGAGGCUCACCGAGCUUGCCCACACCCGCUUGAUGUUCAACGAUCCGCAGAGCCUGGAGGACUUUUGGGAACGCCAGCAAAGUACAAUCGACUUGCGUUUGAAGCACGACUACUGUCCUGGUCAGUCACGCAGGUCUCAGGUCAGAGAUGAAGUGGAUUCGGCUUCGCCAGUUCUCUCUGCCCACGCUCCACAUGCUCCUCCACAUGAUGCUGAAGACGACCUUGCUGAAGACGACCUUGCUGAAGUCGACCUUGCUGCGUCAACCGUGUCUUCGGCUCCGGAAGCAGCUCAGCUCACCCACGCAGACGAGGUUUCCGAGUCUAUUGCUGAGGGUCAUGUCAACUCGCAACCAGGCACGUCGGCGGUUUACCUCACGCAAGAUGAGCGUAACCAACUCGACCUCUGGUUCGAGAACCGACCCGUGCUGUGCUCAAGGACACAGCGCUUCUGGUGCUUCAAUCACCGGUCAACGAGCAGCAAGGAGCCGUCUCCAGCUUCGUCGAUGAUUCAAGACCGAUUUCUCGAAUCAUUAGACUUCACACACCCCAUGCAUACGCAUCGACUCGACAACGACUUCCGCGUGCAGCCAGGAUUAGGGCAAGGCUCGUGUACCUUUGCCAUUUCGAAAUCCGACCUGGUUCAAGUAGACGGCAACACUCUGCAGGUUGUUGGUUGGAGAGUUUCUCUCGCCGGCCAGCACGAUGCUCGGUGCACGGAGGGCGUCUUUGCUCACAAGCAGUUAGCGCAUCCGAGCAUCCAAACAUGGGCAUUUGAUCUCGCAUCCAAGCGCUGCGACGUCACAUCGAUCAUGCAACAGUUUCAAGGCAGCACCUCGAACCCGCCACCCGUCCCACACCCGUCUUGGAACGUUCCACUGACGUCUGGUCGUUGGUAUCCGUCGCGUGACGCUUUACGCAUGAUGGUCAAGGCUUUCAACCCUGAGACGGCUGGUUCCGAGGCAAUGCGCAUGGAAGAUUUGUUAAUUAGCCCAACCUCGUGUGCGCUGACGCACCCGCAUCCUGUGGGUCGGUGUGGAGUUUGCCCUGGCAUCAAGUCAUUUAAACAGUAUCCAGACGUACUCUUUCAUCAGCCCCAGGAUCCUAAUUGCCGUGAUUCGCCAGGCAUUCUUGUUCUGCUCACGCCGUGCCAACGGGCGAUGUGGAGCUCGCUGCGCCCUCAAGUCCUGUUCCUCGACACCACCUACAAGGUGACCAAGCUACGCUGGGGCUUGACAGCGCUUGUUGCAGCAGACGAGUGCGGUUCGGCCGUUCCCCUCGCGUUCAUGAUAGCCUCCAACGAUACCGCGGCAGUGUACGCAAAAUUCUUGUCGGUGCUCAAGGAGGCGCUCGGCUCUUGCUUCCAGCCUCUGCGUUUUGUGAUUGACAAGUGCAAAGCCGAGGCAGCUGCCAUCAGGGAGGCCGUCAAUGUUCAGAUUUCCACUUGCUGGUUUCAUGUCAAGCAGGCCGUCCUGCGCAAUAUUUCUCAUCCCGACAUUGAGAAGAUCCUCAAGAAAGUUCGGCGUUCCAGGUCCCUGGAGGAGCUUGAAAGCCGCGUGAAGAGCGUCAGAGAGGCCGGACUGAGCGAGAAGGACUUGGCGUACCUGGAGAAAGAAUGGUUUGCCAAGGGCCAAAUCGAAACCUGGACGCUUCCGCAUAUCGGAACCAUCCCGACAGCGUUGGACCAGGGUUCUACCAACAAUUUGAUUGAGAGACUCUUCAAGUCAAUCAAAAUGACGCAUCUCAACUCCAACUCGAACUCGGAUUUGCCAACGCUGGCGACCAAGCUCAUUCGGGAUGUCAAUGAGAAGUUUUGCUUGAAACGUCAAUGGCUCCUCGUCAACGUUCCAAAUCUCGCCUGCCUCCCCAAGUAUCGCGAGCGUAUCUGGAACUACGAGUCGACAGCCAAGGCCAGAGUGCUGGACAACCGUGUCGUGAUACUCGACAACAACGCUGGUGUUGGCAUGGUGAUCCCGGAAUCAGCAACCCUACGCAGCGAGGACUUGAGGGACUUUGCAACCGGUCACAUGAAGACCCACGGACUUGGUCAAAGCACCGAUAUCGGAGACUAUGCGUUGGUACCACAGGACUACUGGCACAAAUUGCGCGACGAUAUUUAUCGGGGAUACAAGAAGAGUGUUACCCUCGUCGUCGUCAAGUCCCGUUUUUGCACCGACUUCCACGACUGCUCCCUCGUGUGCACGCACAUUAGAGCUGCUGCCCGCCGGCUUGGUGGACUGGAAGUGUUUGGUAUCGCGUUGGACGCGCUCAUUCAAGAUCGUGAGGCUCCAAGUCCUGUCCGCACAACUGCAGAUCCUGAGACGCCUGUCUCAGUUGGUGCAGAUGUUCCGCAAGACCAGAACUCGAGUGAACCAAGUUAUGAGCACGGCAGUGGCGAUGGCAUGCAUGUCAGGGAAGCAGAAAUGUUUGAACCGACUUCUUCGACUGUUUCGACUUCGUCUACGGCAGCGGAAGAGGUUACACCCUCGGUCGCACCACCCUCGGUUGCACCACCCUCAGUUGCACCCUCACUUGCACCCUCGGUUGCACCCUCAGUUGCACCCUCAGUUGCACCCUCACUUGCACCCUCAGUUGCACCUUCGAUCACACUACCGUCAAUACGCACAGCUAUGCAGGCUACGAGCCUGUUUCAAGACGACGACUCCGACUCCGACGACAGCGACUCACCACCUUUGAGGCACUCGUCCCAGGCGCAGAAAGUCGUCCACGAGAUCUCGCUUCGACUGCAGCCAGUGUUUGAUGAUUUGCAAAAAUUAUCUUUGCCAGUCAAAGCGCUCGCAACCGUCGUGAAGGCAGUUCGAACGUUCGCUACCCGCUCCCUGAGUUCAGUCUCUCGACAGCGAGCAAUGCGCACCCUGUUUACUGAUAAAACUUUUAAUCAAACAAAGCGGCAGGCUCAAAAGACCCGGGCAGCGACUAUCAGAGCGAAGCGAGCUGCAGCGUACGCAAAGCACACAGAGUACGCUGCUCGCAAAGUGCCGGGCGUCAAGCCGAGCUUCAGACCCGCUGUCAGGCCACCAAAGUCCUCACUGCGCGCCAGCGCUGCGUACAUCGUCGCUGGCGAUGUGGAAGCGUUUGAAAGGUCGGAAGAUCAGCGCCGUCGUUCUGCGCAAAUGCCCGUCAACUCCGUUGCCAACAGCUCCAGUCAAAGUGCUCCAGCAGAUGGUUUGACGGAGACUGCUGGCACACGGCGGCGCAGAGCUCUAUCGCUUGAUGCGGGCACCAACUCGUCCGAGGAGAGCUCACGCAAGCGCGCUCGUCUUGACGCCGCCUCGAAACAUUGGUUUGAUCACCUCUAUCAAGACAACGCUGGUUUACCUGCCAAUGCUCGCCCCAGUCGAUCUCGGCAACACGUGUUUGGCAACCGCGAGCCUGACAGUGAUGAUGGCGAUUUGAGCGACACGGACAGCGACGACGACAGCCAGCCUUUUGAGCCCGACCUGCGCGACCUGGACCGGUCCGAUCGAACGUUUUUGAAAAGAUGUGCCUCCCAACAACGUCCGUAG